UAUUUUUGUUGCCUGCUGAGAAGUUUAUUUUUUGUUAAGUUUUUUGUUCGCUUUUUUUUUUGUUGCUGCAAAUAUUGAAGACUUUCAAACAGACUGAAGCAUGAGUGGCGAAAUGGAUGCAGCUGAGGACAGCACGGAAGAUAUUGUGCCCACAGUGGAGGAACCUUUGGAGCUAAAAGAGAUUAUUCAGAAUGAUGAGCCAGUGGAGGAAGCUUUAGAUGAGCCAAUCGAGAAAUUAAAUGAUCAAGCAGAGGAACCUUUGAUUCAAUAUGUUGGCGAACCCUUGCGGGAUCCAAUGUUGGAUCUGGCCGAGCAGUCUUCGAUUCAAGAUGAAGCUUUGCGAGAUAAAGAUCAUUUGGAUCACCUGGAUCACUUGGACAACUUGGACAAUCUAGCUGAUGCUUAUAGAUCAGACUCUUUGAGUACAAACGCGAGCCUAACAAAUACCGAGGAACACCAGGAAACAGCUUUAGACGGCCAAGAGCCAGUUAACACCAAGGCUGCCUUGAAGACGGAGAGAAAGAAGAAGGAUAGGCCCGCCAGGUCCACAGAUGCAUCUCUCAACUCAAACGUUCAGUCGGGCUCUAUUAAGUCUACCCGUCAAUUUAAAUUGAAUGUCAUCGGUACAGGUUCGAAUACCAGUAAACAGAGUGGUGCCUCCAUCAAGUCAAAGGAAAAGAAAAAAGUAAAAGGCUCUAAGGUCGUCACACACAGGACUUCCCAGGCUAAUUCGCCUAUUCCCACGUUGUUGAAAAGUGGAAAUAUUAGUGAUGUGAGCAUUUUAUCAGUCCCCAGUUCUCAAUCGGCUCGGUCUACGAGUCGCCGAUCCUCCAGGGGCAGCCUGGGCCCACGUACGCCGCGAGCCCGUUCAAUAAUGCGGGACUCAAAACCUGUAACUUCCAAGGAUUCGAACCCAAAUCUAAUUCGGAGUUCGCUGAGGAAGGCCAAAAAGAGACCAGAAUCGAGGAGAUCAGAAUCGAAGAAAUCGUUAGGCAAAUUGAAAAAGAAACCAACUGAAAAUAUACUUCAUUCGGAUGAGGGUUCAUUGUCAGAGCUGUCGGGCACGCUCAAUUUGUCAGUUAGUCGAGAUACGCAGGAUGAAGUGGAUAUGAUCCACAAGCGGAAUAGCAUGCUUGCACUGCUGAAUGAAAUUCCAGAUAUUGAACACCUAUCAGAGGGAAGUUAUUGCUCGUUAUUCGGGCAUAAACGGUCCGACUAUGACGGACAUUUUGUGCCCCCCACUUGGGAUGGCGGUAGUGAAAGUUCCUCCUUGAAAAGCCCUGAGCCUAGCCUCAAACACCAAGAAACAGCAUCUGCUGUAGAAAAAGUCGACGAGGAAUCCAGCUCCGAGUUCGUUUCCUUCGACAGCCACUCGCUCCUGAAUCUUGAUAGUUUAAGUGACAGCGUUGAUAGGUUUCCUGUCAGUGCGAAUAAAGUGCGUGCAAUAGAUGAAGAGGUGGAUGUCGCUAGAACCCUUAAUUCAAUUAUCAUUCGCAAUAGUCAUAUAAAUAUGGUCGAUUUCUAUAAUGAAAAUCUUGAAAAUCAGCGACGGGCAGCCUUGGAGGCAUGCGAAUAUUUCCUGGAUGAGAUAAUACAACGAGUUGUAGCCUACUCCGAUCAGGAAGAUGUGCAUCUGCGGCGCGUGCUUGAUAAGGAUAAGCUGAUCAGAGAGCUCAUCCCGUUGAUGAAACAAUUUAGCGAAGAGCAAUUGUUCAAGACCACGAUGGAGCAGCGGGUCACCGAUCAUUUUGCGCGCAAGAAACAAUUCGUAUUUUUGAAAAUACCCAAGACAUUCGAUGCCCUCAAUUACCAGCGCCUAAAGAGCUCACUUGUCGAGCUUGACCGACUGCUCGAGGUUCAUAAUCAAACAUUUGAUCUGGCCCAAAUGCAGUCGAUCAAGUUGACAGAGGAACUUGAGAGCGCGCGUAUUUACAGCGAUCGAAAGGUCCAGGAUUUUGAACAAUUUGUGCGAACGACUCUCCUCAACGACAGAUCUAAUCAUUUGGCAGGCGUCGUUAACGAAAUCCUAAGUAACAUGAGCAGCUUCCGGGAUGAGUUAUCCGAGCUGCGACUGGAGCUGCUUUACAACCAGCAUCGCCUUGCCGAAAUGCAGCUGAAAUCCGAGGUCUUGGAGGAUCUGGGCGAUGGACUCAAGAUGCAAGAGUAUCUCUCCAAGCAGUCCGAUGUCCUUGUGCUGGGCACCAAAAUCGCAGAACGCGAUGCUGAGCUAAAUCGGCUGCUUGGGAAAAUCAAUUUUGAUGUGCAUGCGCUAGCGCAUGUCAAGUGCAAGGAGCACAUGUACCGUAAAGUUUACCUGGAAAUGAAGCAGAAGCUGGAGGAAUGCAAGCGAUCGAGGCGCCACUAUCGCGAACUCAUCUACCAGAGUAAGCUGAAGCACAACCGAUUUCUCAGGGAGCUGCACAAAAUCCGUACCUCUGGCUCUCUGAUGCACUAUCCCAGCCUAUUGGACGACUACGACAAGACUGUGGAGUUCUUGCAACUGAAGCGGGCCGCAGUUGAGAAACUUCGCUGUGAGCACAGACGCUUGACCCAACGCAUCAGUACGAGAGAAACCAAAUUGUCAAAGCAAAGAAGUACUAUUCGAUUGUCGGGCGCAACGAACCUACUCGGAGAACCUUUAAUUGUCAUAACUGGAUUCAAUGUUUCCCCAACAGCUUCUUAGAGACAUUCUGUUAGCGCUCGUUCAAAUGAGCCUUACUUAUUAUGUCGUUCACUUUUCCUCAGACAGGAAGAUUUUUCCGUGUAGCCCUUCCUUUAUUAAAAGACACUAUCCAAUCUUA